AUGGCGGAAGCGCCAAUUGUCCUCGAUGGAGGCACCGGGUUCAUCAAAGCCGGAUACGCUGGCCAGAACUUCCCAGACCAUCAAUACCCAUCUAUAGUCGGACGACCCAUACUACGAACCGAAGAACAGUCCUCUGGCGACAUCAAGCUCAAGGACAUCAUGUGCGGUGACGAGGCAGCGACAGCACGAAGUAUGCUACAGAUCACCUACCCCAUGGAGAACGGCAUAGUCAAGCGCUGGGACGACAUGCAGCACAUGUGGGACUACACUUUCUUCGAGAAGAUGCGCAUAGAUCCGACCGGCCGCAAGAUCCUGCUUACCGAGCCUCCGAUGAAUCCUCUCAAGAACCGAGAACAGAUGUGCGAGGUCAUGUUUGAGCGGUACAAUUUCGGUGGGGUGUAUGUGGCUAUCCAGGCUGUGCUGGCACUGUAUGCGCAAGGACUCUCGUCUGGUGUUGUGGUGGAUUCCGGAGAUGGUGUGACGCAUAUCGUGCCGGUGUAUGAGAGCACGGUGCUCAAUCACCUGACCCGGCGGUUGGAUGUGGCUGGUCGAGAUGUCACACGGAAUUUGAUCUCGCUCCUCCUUCGGCGCGGGUACGCUCUGAACAGGACAGCCGACUUCGAGACCGUUCGUGCGAUCAAGGAGAAAAUGUGCUAUGUCUCAUACGACCUAGCACUCGACCAGAAGCUGGCCGAGGAGACAACUGUGCUGGUUGAGAACUAUACCCUACCUGACGGCAGAGUGAUCCGAGUCGGCAGUGAACGUUUCGAGGCACCAGAAUGCCUCUUCCAACCACAUCUCGUGGACGUCGAACAGCCCGGUAUCGCCGAAUUCCUCUUCAACACCAUCCAAGCAGCCGACGUGGACAUCCGAUCAUCACUCUACCGCGCAAUCGUACUAUCUGGUGGUAGCUCAAUGUAUCCAGGUCUGCCAUCACGAAUGGAAAAGGAGAUCAAGCAAUUGUGGCUCACGAAGGUCCUUGGUGGCAACCCCGAGCGUUUAAACAAAUUCAAGGUGCGGAUAGAAGAUCCGCCGCGAAGACGGCAUAUGGUUUUCUUGGGUGGCGCGGUGCUGGCGAAUAUUAUGGCGGACAAGGAGAAUAUGUGGGUGAGCAAGCAGGAAUGGGCGGAGCAGGGGUCGAGAGCGCUGGAAAAGUUUGGUGCGAGAUGA